AUGGGCCUGGCCAGGGCCCUGCGCCGCCUGAGCGGCGCGCUGGAGUCGGGGGACGACCGCGCGGGCGAUGAGGAGGAGGCCGGGCCGGGGCUGUGCCGCAACGGGUGGGCGCCCACGCAGUCGCCGGUGGGGCGGCGCCGCGGGCGCUUCGUCAAGAAGGACGGGCACUGCAACGUGCGCUUCGUGAACCUGGGCGGCCAGGGCGCGCGCUACCUGAGCGACCUGUUCACCACGUGCGUGGACGUGCGCUGGCGCUGGAUGUGCCUGCUCUUCUCCUGCUCCUUCCUCGCCUCCUGGCUGCUCUUCGGCCUGGCCUUCUGGCUCAUCGCCUCCCUGCACGGCGACCUGGCUGCCCCGCCGCCGCCCGCCCCCUGCUUCUCGCAGGUGGCCAGCUUCCUGGCCGCCUUCCUCUUCGCGCUGGAGACGCAGACGUCCAUCGGCUACGGCGUGCGCAGCGUCACCGAGGAGUGUCCGGCCGCCGUGGCCGCCGUGGUGCUGCAGUGCAUCGCCGGCUGUGUGCUGGACGCCUUCGUCGUGGGCGCCGUCAUGGCCAAGAUGGCCAAGCCCAAGAAGCGCAACGAGACGCUGGUCUUCAGCGAGAACGCCGUCGUGGCGCUGCGCGACCGCCGCCUCUGCCUCAUGUGGCGCGUCGGCAACCUGCGCCGCAGCCACCUCGUCGAGGCCCACGUGCGGGCCCAGCUGCUGCAGCCUCGCGUGACCCCAGAGGGUGAGUACAUACCGCUGGACCACCAGGAUGUGGACGUGGGCUUUGAUGGUGGCACUGAUCGCAUCUUCCUUGUGUCUCCCAUCACCAUCGUGCACGAGAUCGACUCUGCCAGUCCUCUGUACGAACUAGGACGGGCCGAGCUGGCCCGGGCUGACUUUGAGCUGGUGGUCAUUCUCGAGGGCAUGGUCGAGGCCACAGCUAUGACCACACAGUGUCGUUCUUCCUACCUCCCUGGUGAGCUGCUCUGGGGCCAUCGUUUUGAGCCGGUCCUCUUCCAGCGUGGCUCCCAGUAUGAGGUCGACUAUCGCCACUUCCAUCGCACUUAUGAGGUCCCAGGGACACCCGUCUGCAGCGCCAAGGAGCUGGACGAACGGAUAGAGCGUGCUUCCCACAGCCCCAAGUCUGGAUUCCCCGGCUCUCUGGCAGCAUUUUGUUAUGAGAAUGAACUUGCUCUGAGCUGCUGCCAGGAAGAAGAAGAGGAAGAGGAGGCCGCGGAGGGGGAUGUGGCAGAGGCAGAAGACAGGGCUGCCAGCCCCCGAGUACUCACACCAACCCUGGCACUGACCCUGCCCCCAUGAUGCAAGCUGGUAUCCCCCUAUUUGUACCCCUUUCCCAGAGGUAGCAAAAUGGAGAGAUUGGGCCCUCUCCUGGGAUGGGGGCAGGUGUUUCCUAAGACCAACAGGCCUGCUGGGUAAAUUAUUAUCUGGUGAUGGUCUGCCACGUUUGGUGGACCUACCAUGAACAUACUUGAUCUUAAUUCCUCUGAAUUCUGUGCUCCCUCCUGAGACCCGUUUGUCAGCCCAAUUCCUGAGUCUCACCAGAGAGAAGGGAUCCAGAAUUCUGGACCACCCAAGAGGCGAGGACUGGUAAUUCUAGUAAUUCCUCUAGAUGGCUGGUUUGGUUUGUUCAGCAGGAUCUUGAAAUGAUAGGAUAGCCUGCCUCCAGGGGAAGAAGUCAGCUGUUCUCUAGCAGCACCAGAGAUGAAGAAUUUGUUGGUCUGAGUUGACCUAAGAUUCAAGGUCAAUUGCUUCUCGACUCAGCCAGCCACAAAGCAAAUCAUUUUUUCUAGACGAACUAAGGAGGGAAAGUUAAGGAAUGCCCCCCAAAUUCAAGACUAUCUUGGUUGACAACGACAAGGAAUGUUGACUGCAAAUCAAGAAAAGACUUUGCAGUUCCAGGAAACCCCAGAGUUGAGAUUCUGUGAAUCCAGAUUGACCACAGAGGCAAGCACUGGGGAUUCUAGAACAGCUUUGACCAGAGAGUUGGACUACUCCAGAAACUAAAGAGUUAUGUUUCUAGAAUGCACAAAACAAUGGAGAGUCUGUGGGUCUAGAAGGACUAAAGUGACAGAUUGGGAGUUCUUGAUAGGAGAUAACUCCAGACCACUGGCUGUAGAACAUCAAACCGAGGGGAGAAUCAGGGCUUCUACGUGAUCCACAGGCUUCCUGUCUUUUUUAAGUGCCAUUCUAGAAUGUCCAAAGGAAUCAAGAUUCUGUGGCUCUAGACUGGUCACAGAGUCAGGGAAGAACUGGCGAUUUUAGAUGUCUGAGAUUUGCUGGUUGCAGUUUGCCCAGUGGAGAGGAGACUGUCAAUGCGGUAGGUGACUUCUUUGUGGUUCUGAAAUGCCAAAAGGAGUCAAGGCUCCAGGGAUCCAGAGUUGUCCAUAAUCAAAACCUGGAAGUUCUCAUCAGCUCCUAGAACUUGGCGGUUCAAGGAGGUGGACUCAGGACUUGACAGGCAGCAUUGCUGGGCUGACCUAGAAGGCGAGGGCCUGGGCGAGACCCUGUGAGUAACAGGGGUAGUUAUUGGGCAAGGGAAGGGAGAGGCCCAAGGUUGGUGAGUCUACAGUGCUCUGGA